AUGGCGAAGGAAGAAGAGGAUGAGAAGAAAGCCAAGAAAGGGAAGAAGGGGAAGAAGGCACCGGAGCCGGAGAAGCCCAAACGGAGCCUGAAGGGGACGUCGCGGCUGUUCAUGGGCUUCCGUGACCGCACGCCCAAGAUCUCCAAGAAGGGCCAGUUCCGGAGCGCGUCAGCCUUCUUCUGGGGCCUCCACACCGGCCCCCAGAAAACCAAACGCAAGAAGAAGGCACGCACCGUGCUCAAGUCCACGUCGAAGCUCAUGACGCAGAUGCGCGUAGGCAAAAAGAAGCGCGCCAUGAAGGGCAAGAAGCCGUCUUUCAUGGUGAUCCGCUUCCCGGGCCGUCGCGGCUACGGCCGCCUGCGCCCGCGCGCCCGGUCGCUCAGCAAGGCGUCCACGGCCAUCAACUGGCUCACCAAGAAGUUCCUCAUCAAGAAGGCCGAGGAGUCGGGCAGCGCGCAGGCCACGCUGGACGCCUGGCUGGACCGCUCGGACUCCCGCGUGGGCUCGCGCAAGCUGCCCUUCCCGUCAGGCGCCGAGAUCCUGCGGCCCGGGGGCCGCCUGCGCAGGUUCCCGCGCGCCCACAGCAUCUACGCGUCGGGCGAGCCCGUGGGCUUCCUGCCCUUCGAGGACGAGGCCCCGUUCCGGCACUCAGGCUCCCGCAGGUCGCUCUACGGGCUCGAGGGCUUCCAGGACCUGGGCGAGUACUACGACUACCACCGCGAGGGCGACGACUACUACGACCAGCAGUCGCUGUACCAGUUCGAGGAGGAGCCCUCCCUGGGUGCCCACGGCCCCCGCGGCCCGGCCUGGCCGCCCUACGGAGACCACCUGCGUGGGUACCCACCGGAGGACCCAUACGACUACUACGGCGGAUCCUUCCACCCCGACUACGCCUACGGCUACGGCCACUACGGCCACUACGGCCACUACGACGACUACGAGCCACCCUACGCGCCGCCAUCGCGGCCCGCGUCUCCCUACGGCUACUACGACGCAUACCCGGACUCCUACGCCCUUUCCGACGCGCUCUACCCGCCCUACAACCUCGCGGAUGACCUGUCGUACGACCUUCUGUACACCACGCCCUACCUGGACCCCUACGCCGCGCCCUACGGCGCCCCCUACGGCGCCUCCCAGGGCGUCCCCUACGCCGAAGGCAUCUAUGGUGGCGGAGACCAGGCCAUCUACCCCCCCGAGGCGCCGUAUCUUCAGCCGGAGCCGUCGGCCUUCCCGUAUCCGUGGGUGCCACCGCCCAUCCUGUCGCCUCACAACCCGUACGCCCACCCCAUGGAUGACAUCGCGGAGCUGGAGGAGCCCGAGGAGGCGGGCGGCGAGCGGCAGGGCACCUCUUUCCGCCUGCCCAGCGCUGCCUUCUUCGAGCAGCAAGGCAUGGACAAGCCCGCCAGGUCCAAGCUGUCCCUCAUCCGCAGGUUCCGCCUGUUCCCCCGGCCCCAAGUGAAGCUGUUUGGGAAGGAGAAGCUGGAGGUGCCCCUGCCGCCCUCCCUGGACAUCCCUCUGCCCUUGGGGGAUGCGGACGAAGAGGAGGAAGAGGGCGAGAUGCCGCCGCUGUCCCCGAUGCCCUACGCCCACCCCUUCUGGGGCUUCCUCACACCGCGCCAGCGCCGCCUCCAGCGCGCCCUCUCGGCCUUCGGCGCCCCCCGGGGCCUGGGCUUUGGCCACUAUCUCAGCCGCCCCGCGCCGCGCCCGGCCACCUCGCUGGCGCGGUUCCUCAAAAACACCCUGUCGGAAAAGGAGCCAAUCCCGCGGCUCAAGGGCAGUCGGAAGGCCCGGCCGGGAGGCCCGGCGGUCAGGGAGGCGGCCUACAAGCGUUUUGGCUACAAGCUGGCGGGCAUGGACCCUGAGCGGCCUGGCACGCCCAUCGUGCUGCGGAGGGCGCAGGCGCACGCGUGCAGCAACAGCAACUCCCACGGCCCGCCCCCCGGCCCACCGCCAGCCCCGGCCCUCGCCCCGGGCCUUGCGGGCUUCGUGCCCGGCCUGCCCCCGCCGGCCUCGCCCUACGGCUCCCUCCGCCGGCACCCGCCGCCCUGGGCGGCCCCGGCUCACGUGCCCCUCGCACCCCAGGCCAACUGGUGGGCCUUGGCGGAGCCCCCUCCUCUGAUUCCGGAGGGUCCCCCCAAUCUGCUGGCCUUCCCCGGACCCCGGCCCUCCUUCAGGGGCUCACGCUGGCGGGGGGCGGCCUUCAGCUUCCCAAGGCCUUCGCUGCUGCCCUCAAUCAGGAGCCUGCCUGGCCUGGGCUACCACUCGCCCGCGGCGCCCCUGUCCCCUCAGCCCUCCUUCCGCGCCGGCCCUUCCCGGCCGCCCUUCUCACCCCCGCCCGGCCGUCCCCACUCGCCGCGAGAGCCCCCGUCCCCGCGCCGAGCCUCGGGGCACCCGGGCGCGCCCCACUCGCCAGCGCUGGGCUCCCCAUGGCCGCCCUCGCCGCCCCCUCUGCUGGGGCCCAGCCCGCGGCACCGCUCCCUCAACCUGCCCUCGCGCCUCCCGCACACGUGGCGCCGCCUCAGCGAGCCGCCCACAGGAGCGGUGAAGCCCAGGCCGCGCCAGGCCUUCCCGCUGCACCCCCGUCCCGCGUCUUGGCGGGCCGCUGCCGCUGCCUCUAAGCGCCAGGAGAGCCAACGCGAGCCAGAGGACUCGGAGACGCCCUGGACCGUGCCCCCGCUGGCCCCCGGCUGGGACGUGGACGUGCCUCCCGCCCAGCGCCCACCCUCGCCCUGGCCAGGAGGCCCUAGCAGCCUCCGUGGCUUCUCCAGGCCACCCCCUGUACCCAAAAACCCCUUCAUCCAGCACGUGGGCCCAGUGCCCUCCCCUGCUCUCCAGCCUAAGGAUACAGCCUCUGACUCAACCAGGAUCUUUCUGGGUAGGCACCACGACCCAGGGUCUGGACAGCUGAGCAAAUCGGCCAGCCUGACCCCCAAGAAGCCAGAAGAAGAGGGCUGCACACGGGAUCCCCAGCCACCAGCAGAGCCUGAGCCCCCCACUCUGAAACCCCCCAAGGAUUCCCUUCCAGAGCAGAAAGCACUAAGACUCAGCCUCUCCCACCCACUGACUGUAUCUGACCAGAUGAGGGCCACAUGGCCACCAUGGCGCCGCUGGGGGACCCUGCCCAGCACCCCAGCCGCCUUAGCACCCACUGGGGCCCCGGGGCCCCUGCCCAGGGCAGGUGAGCGGCACCAGGCAAGCCCUGGACGUUUUGCCGUGGUCAUGCCUCGUGUGCAGAAGCUGAACUCUUUCCAGCGAGCUGGUCCUGCCCCUGUGCAGCCCCCCGUCCAGCUAACCCAGGACCCGGAGCCUGGCCCCAAGCCAAGAGCCUGGAGUCUACUUUGGUUCCGCUUCUGGCUGCAGGGGGAGACCCACCAACCCUGGCCGCACGUACCCGCCCAUCCCCCAUCCUGCUGCCUGGGCCCUGGAGCUGCCUGCCUGCACCAUGGGGGCCCCUGGGAAGAAGUUGGCCCCAAAAGCUGGUGGAACAAGAUGCACUCCGUCCGCAACCUGCCGGCUCGGUUCCGAGAGCAGCACCAGGAGGACGGCGUGGAGGACAUGACUCAGCUGGAAGACCUCCAGGAGACCACCGUGCUAUCCAACCUCAAGACCAGAUUUGAACGGGACCUCAUCUACACAUACAUCGGCAGCAUCCUGGUGUCGGUGAAUCCAUACCGAAUGUUCGGGAUCUACGGGCCGGAGCAGGUGCAGCAGUACAGCGGGCGGGCCCUGGCCGAGAAUCCCCCGCAUCUCUUUGCAGUUGCAAACCUCGCCUUUGCCAAAAUGCUUGAUGCCAAGCAGAACCAGUGCAUAAUCAUCAGCGGAGAGAGCGGCUCUGGAAAAACUGAGGCCACCAAGCUGAUUCUGCGCUACCUGGCCGCCAUGAACCAGAAACGGGGCGUCACCCAGCAGAUAAAGAUCCUGGAGGCAACACCCCUCCUGGAGUCCUUCGGUAACGCCAAAACUGUCCGGAAUGACAACUCCAGCCGCUUCGGGAAGUUCAUGGAGAUCUUUCUGGAAGGGGGCGCAGUCUCUGGUGCCAUAACCUCCCAGUACCUGCUCGAGAAAUCCAGGAUUGUGUUUCAGGCCAAAAACGAGAGGAACUACCACAUCUUCUAUGAGCUGCUGGCCGGGCUGCCAACCCAGCUCCGGCAGGCCUUCAGCCUGCAGGGGGCCGAGACCUACUACUACCUGAACCAGGGUGGGAACUGUGAGAUCUCGGGGAAGAGCGACGCGGAUGACUUCCGCCGGCUCCUGGCCGCCAUGGAGGUGCUGGGCUUCAGCGGUGAGGACCAGGACAGCAUCUUCCGCAUCCUGGCCUCCAUCCUGCACCUGGGCAACGUCUACUUUGAGAAGUAUGAGACGGACGCGCAGGAGGUGGCCUCGGUGGUGAGCGCCCGGGAGAUCCAGGCCGUGGCAGAGCUGCUGCAGAUCUCCCCGGAGGGCCUGCAGAAGGCCAUCACCUUCAAAGUGACCGAGACAAUGCGAGAGAAGAUCUUCACGCCCCUGACCGUGGAGAGCGCCGUGGAUGCCAGGGAUGCCAUCGCCAAGGUCCUGUAUGCACUGCUCUUCGGCUGGCUCAUCGCCAGGGUCAACGCGUUGGUGUCCCCGCAGCAGGACGCCCUGUCCAUCGCCAUCCUGGACAUCUACGGCUUUGAGGACCUGAGCUUCAACAGCUUUGAGCAGCUUUGCAUCAACUAUGCGAACGAAAGCCUUCAGUACCUCUUCAACAAGAUCAUCUUCCAGGAGGAGCAGGAGGAGUACACCCGGGAACAGAUCGACUGGCGGGAGAUCGCCUUCGCGGACAACCAACCCUGCAUCAACCUCAUCUCCCUGAAGCCCUAUGGCAUUUUGCGCAUCCUGGACGACCAGUGCUGCUUUCCCCAGGCCACAGACCACACGUUUCUGCAGAAGUGCCAUUACCACCAUGGCACCAACCCACUCUACUCCAAACCCAAGAUGCCACUGCCCGAGUUCACCAUCAAGCACUAUGCUGGCAAAGUCACCUACCAGGUGCAUAAGUUCCUGGACAAGAACCACGACCAGGUGCGCCAGGACGUGCUGGACCUGUUUGUGCGGAGCCGGACCCGGGUGGUGGCCCACCUCUUCUCUAGCCAUGCCCCGCAGGCAGUCCCCCAGCGCCUGGGCCAGAGCAGCUCCGUCUCGCGGCUCUACAAGGCACACACCGUGGCUGCUAAGUUCCAGCAGUCGCUCCUGGAUCUGGUGGAGAAGAUGGAAAGGUGUAACCCCUUGUUCGUGAGGUGCCUGAAGCCCAACCACAAGAAGGAGCCCGGCCUCUUUGAGCCAGACGUGGUGAUGGCACAGUUACGCUAUUCGGGGGUGCUGGACACUGUGCGGAUCCGCAAGGAGGGCUUUCCAGUGCGGCUGCCCUUCCAGGUGUUCAUCGACAGGUACCGCUGUCUGGUGGCCCUCCAGCGCGACCUGCCUGCCAGUGGGGACAUGUGUGUGUCAGUGCUGAGCCGCCUGUGCACAGUCACGCCCAACAUGUACCGCGUCGGCAUCAGCAAGCUGUUCCUUAAGGAGCACCUCCACCAGCUGCUGGAGGGCAUGAGGGGGCACGCCCUGCACCUGGCAGCCCUCACGCUGCAGCGCUGCCUCCGCGGCUUCUUCAUCCAGCGGCGUUUCCGCUCUCUGCGCCGCAAGAUCAUCCUCCUGCAAAGCCGGGCCCGAGGCUACCUGGCCAGGCAGCGGUAUCAGCAGAUGAGGAGGAGCCUGGUAAAGUUCCGGUCCCUGGUGCACAUGUACAUGAGCCACCGGCGUUACCUCAAGCUAAGGGCAGAGCGGAGGCUCCGGGUGGAGGAGGCGCGGCUGCGGGAGCAGGAGGAGCUGAGCAAGCGGCAGGUGGUGGCUGUGGGGCACCUGGAGGUGCCAGCAGAGCUGGCUGGGCUCUUGCGAGCCGUGGCAGGUCUCGGGAUGGCCCAGGGCCCCCAGGUGGCCCCCGUGCGGACUCCCCGGCUUCAGGCCGAGCCCCGGGUCACCUUGCCCCUGGAUAUCAACAACCACCCCAUGGCCAAGUUCGUCCGGUGCCACUUCAGGGAACCUGCCUUCGGGAUGCUGACAGUGCCCCUGAGGACACCCCUCACGUGGCUGCCGGCCGAGCACCACGCAGAGGCCGUGGGCAUCUUCAAGCUGAUCCUGCGUUUCAUGGGCGACCCCCAGCUGCACGGUGCCCGGGACAGCGUCUUCGGGAACUACAUCGUCCAGAAAGGGCUGGCGGUGCCUGAGCUGCGGGACGAGAUCCUGGCGCAGCUGGCCAACCAGGUGUGGCGCAACCCCAGCGCCCACAACGCUGAGCGGGGCUGGCUCUUGCUGGCCGCCUGCCUGGGCAGCUUCGCACCUUCCUCACGCUUCGACAAGUAUCUGCUCAAGUUCGUGUCUGAUCAUGGGCGGGAUGGCUUCCAGGCCGUGUGUCAGCAUCGCCUCAUGCAGGCCAUGGGCCGGGCCCAGCAGCAGGGCUCCGGGGCUGCCCGCACCUUCCCUCCCAGCCAGCUCGAGUGGACGGCUGCCCAGGAGAAGGCCGGCAUGGCGCUGGACGUGGGCUGCCUCAACGGUGACCAGUUCUCCUGCCCGGUGCACUCCUGGAGUACGGGGGAAGAGGUGGCUGGAGACAUUCUGAGGCACAGGGGGCUGACGGACGGCUGGCGGGGCUGGACGGUGGCCAUGAAGAACGGGGUCCAGUGGGCAGAGCUGGCGGGCCAUGACUACGUGCUGGACCUGGUGUCGGACCUAGAGCUGCUCAGGGACUUCCCGCGACAGAAGUCCUACUUCAUUGUGGGUGCGGAGGAGCCCACGGCCGGCAGGGGAAGCCCCAGAGUGCUGUUCGGGAACAGCUGGGACUCGGACGAGGAGGCGCCUGCUAGGCUCCAGCCCCAGGGGCAUGUGCCCCAAGUGGCUGACUCUGAUGGGUACUGCAGUCACAAGGAGGAUGGUACAAAUGGGGAGACUGAGGCCCAGAGAGGGACAGCGACCCACCAAGACUCGGACAGCCUUGGAGAGCCCGCUGUGCCCCACAAGGGGCUGGACUGCUACCUGGACAGCCUCUUCAGCCCUGUGCUGUCCUAUGGGGAUGCGGACCUGGAGAAGCCAACGGCCGUGGCCUGUCGCAUGAAAGGGGGCAGCCAGCCUGGCGGGGGCGGCAGCAGCAGCAGCACCAAUGGCACCGCUGGGAGACCUCCAGAGCCCAAGCCAAAGCCAAUUCCAGGCCUGGACGCCUCCACGUUAGCUCUGCAGCAAGCCUUCAUCCACAAGCAAGCCGUGCUGCUGGCCCGGGAGAUGGCCCUGCAGGCCAUGGCGUUCCAGCAGCCGCCCCUGAGGCCCGCCCCCAGGCCCUUGCCCCCAGAGAAACCUCUGGCGCUGGAGGCUCGGCCCAAGUUCGUAGGCACGGGACCCCCGGCCAAGCCCGUGCUCCUGCGCUCCGCUCCGAAGCCCGCGGCCCCUGCCCCUCUGGCCAAGGCCCCGAGGCUCCCCACCAAGCCCGUGGCUGCCCCCAUUCUAGCUCAGGGCAGGGCUUCUCCGGAAACCACGUCACCCUGCCCAGAGCUGGUUCGGUCCUCGACCCUCAACUCGGAGCACUUCCCGCAGCCCACGCAGCAGAUCAAGAACAUCAUCAGGCAGUACCAGCAGCCGCCCCGGGGAGGCCGGCCCGAGGCUCUCAGGAAGGACGGCAGGAGGGUCUUCGUGAAGCAGCCAGACCCCCACGAGGAGGCCCUGAGGAUCCUGAAGAGGCAGAUGAGCCAAGCGGCGGCGGCACCUGGCCCCCUGGUGCCCCGAGAGGCCGUGGCCCUGAUGAAGCCUGUGACCAGCACACCAAGGCAGUCCCCGGGGCCUACUCCAGCGCUGCCCUCAAGGUCCCUGGAGCCCGACGAGGACCCCUUGGAGACACGGCUGCACCGCCUCCUCAACCCCGACUUCUAUGGCUACCAGGACGCCCCCUGGCGGAUCUUCCUGCGCAAAGAGGUGUUCUACCCCAAGGACAGCUACAGCCACCCUGUGCAGCUAGACCUCCUGUUCAGACAGAUCCUGCACGACACGUUCUCCGAGGCCUGCCUGCGCAUCUCCGAGGAGGAGAGACUCAAGAUGAAAGCUCUGUUUGCCCAGAACCAGCUGGACACACAGCAGCCGCUGGUGACGGAGAGCGUGAAGCGGGCCGUGGUCAGCACCGCGCGCGACAGCUGGGAGGUCUAUUUCUCCCGCCUCUUCCCCGCCACGGGCAGUGUGGGCACCGGGGUGCAGAUCCUGGCUGUGUCUCACACGGGCAUCAAACUCCUGCGGAUGGUCAAGGGCACCCGCACGGCCAGCGGGCAGCUGCGGGUCCUGCGCACGUACAGCUUUGCAGAUAUCCUGUUUGUGACUAUCCCCUCCCAGAACAUGCUAGAGUUCAACUUGGCUAGCGAGAAAGUCAUCCUGUUCUCUGCCCGAGCUCACCAGGUCAAGACCCUGGUGGACGACUUCAUCCUGGAGCUGAAGAAGGACUCAGACUACGUGGUGGCUGUGAGGAACUUCCUGCCCGAGGACCCCGCGCUGCUGGCCUUCCACAAGGGCGACAUUAUUCACCUGCAGCCCCUGGAGCCUCCUCGAGUGGGCUAUAGUGCUGGGUGCGUGGUCGGCAAGAAGGUCGUGUACCUGGAGGAGCUGCGGCGUCAAGGCCCCGACUUCGGCUGGAGGUUUGGAACCAUCCAUGGGCGCGUGGGCCGCUUCCCUUCUGAGCUGGUGCAGCCUGCAGCCGCCCCUGACUUUCUACAGCUGCCCACCGAGCCAGGCCGGGGCCGUGCUGCUGCUGUGGCCGCCGCCGUGGCCUCGGCUGCUGCUGCACAGGAGGUGGGCCGCAGGAGGGAGGGUCCCCCAAUCAGGGCUGGUUCCGCUGACCGUGGGGAGGACGGCCUAGCUCUCCCACCGUACACAAUGCUGGUGUUCGCCCAGAAGUAUUUCCGAGACCCUCAGAGGAGACCUCAGGAUGGCCUAAGGCUGAAAUCCAAGGAGGGUCGGGAAUCCAGAACUUUGGAGGACAUGCUUUGUUUCACCAAGACCCCGCUCCAGGAUUCCCUCAUCGAGCUCAGCGACAGCAGCCUCAACAAGAUGGCCACAGACAUGUUUCUAGCUGUGAUGCGGUUCAUGGGGGAUGCCCCGCUGAAAGGCCAGAGUGAACUGGAUGUGCUUUGCACCCUCCUGAAGCUGUGCAGGGACCACGAGGUCAUGCGGGACGAGUGUUACUGCCAAGUCGUGAAGCAGAUCACAGACAACACCAGCACCAAGCAGGACAGCUGCCAGCGGGGCUGGAGGCUGCUGUACAUCGUGGCUGCCUACCACAGCUGCUCCGAGGUCCUCCAGCCACACCUCGUUCGCUUUCUCCAAGAUGUGAGCCGGAUCCCAGGCCUGCCCUUCCAGGGGAUCGCCAAGGCCUGUGAGCAGAACCUACAGAAAACCCUGCGCUUUGGUGGCCGCCGCGAGCUCCCAAGCAGCAUGGAGCUCCGGGCCAUGUUGGCGGGCCGUAGUUCCAAGAGGCAGCUCUUUCUUCUCCCCGGAGGCCUCGAGCGCCAUCUCAAAAUCAAAACAUGCACCGUGGCCCUGGAUGUGGUGGAGGAGAUCUGUGCUGAGAUGGCUCUGACGCGCCCCAAGGCCUUCGAUGAGUAUGUCAUCUUUGUUGUCACCAACCGAGGCCAGCACGUGUGCCCGCUUAGCCGCCGCGCCUAUAUCCUGGACGUGGCCUCAGAGAUGGAGCAGGUGGAUGGUGGCUACAUGCUGUGGUUCCGGCGUGUGCUCUGGGAUCAGCCACUCAAGUUCGAGAAUGAGCUAUACGUGACCAUGCACUACAACCAGGUGCUGCCCGACUACCUGAAGGGCCUCUUCAGCAGUGUGCCAGCCGGCCGGCCCAGCGAGCAGCAGCUGCAGCAGGUGUCCAAGCUGGCUGCGCUGCAGCACCGGGCCAAGGACCACUUCUACCUGCCCACCGUGCGGGAGGUCCAGGAGUACAUCCCGGCCCGGCUCUACCACACCACAGCCGGCUCCACUUGGCAAAGCCUGGUCAGCCAGUAUCGGCAGCAGACGCAGGCACUUAGCCCCCACCAGGCCCGCGCCCAGUUUCUGGGCCUCCUCAGUGCCUCACCCACGUUUGGCUCCUCCUUCUUCUUCGUCCAGAGCUGCAGUAGCCUGGCCGUGCCGGCCCCCUGCAUCCUGGCCGUCAACCAGAACGGCCUCAGCUUCCUCAGCACCGAGACCCAUGAGCUGAUAGUGAAGUUCCCCCUGAAGGAGAUCCAGUCGACGUGGACCCAGCGACCCACGGCCAGCUCCAGCUACCCCUACGUGGAGAUCGCACUGGGGGACGUGGCUGCCCAGCGUACCAUGCAGCUGCAGCUGGAGCAGGGCCUGGAGCUGUGUCGAGUGGUGGCCGUGCAUGUGGAGAACCUGCUCAGUGCCCGGGAGAAGAGGCUCACGCUGCCUCCCAGCGAGAUCACACUGCUCUGA